GCUAAGAUAGGUAGGACGGCGACGGGCCGUACGUCCGGCCAACCUUCCAACCGAGCCCCUAUGGUGACCAGCUAUAUCCCUAAUAUAGAUAGGUUUUUUAUAAUAUUUUACAAGUUUCCAAGCGUACGUUGUUAGCAUUGAGAGAGAGAGAGAGAGAGAGAGAGAGAGAGAGAGAGAGAGAGAGAGAGAGAGGGAGGCCGACAAGCAUGGCGCGGAUGCUCCUCCUCGCCGGUGUACACCUCCUCAUGGUCGUCGCCGUCGCCAUGGCCACCACCACCGACAAGAGCGAACUGACCCUGAAGAAGACAGCUGAGGAGGAGGCGAAUGCGCAAUCGCCGGCAUCAUCAACAACAUCAUUCUCAGAGCACAAGACUGAGGUGACGCCGGCAACGGCAGCGGAGAACACCACCAAGAAGGGGUUCUACAAAGGGAUGUCCCGUGAGUUCGUGAACGAGCACAACAAGGUGCGGGCACGUUACGGCGCGGGGCCGCUGCUGUGGGACAAGACGCUGGCCUUGUACGCGAGGCGUUGGGCGAACCAAAUCAAGGGGGACUGCGACAAGGCACGGCACUCGACAAAGCAAAUCUAUGGCGAGUGUUUCUUCCUGGGCACCAACGGCACUGCACAGGACGCGCUAUGCAGCUGGGAGAAGGAGGAGGAGGUCUACGACAAGGGCACCACCGAGUGCACCCCCGGCCACAACUACCGUGACUGCGGCCACUUCAAAAUCAUGGUGACCCCAGGCUGGAAGUGGGUCGGGUGCGGCCGGGCGCCCUGCACCGCGGGGCCACGGCAGGGGCAGUUCUUCAUCUCAUGCAGCUACAGCAGCGCCAAACCAGACCCAUCCUCUCCUGCCGCCUCCAACCCCUAAUUGCAUUCACCAAAGCCUUCUUCAUCCCUUCCUCCUCCAUCUACUCAUCAUAUAGUAGUAUACUUACAUAUUCCAUUUGUAUGUUUUAAUCAUGUUACGCUUCUCCUUCGAAUCCUGCCUUGCUACUGUAUUGUUAACGGACUGUAUGUAUAUGUAGCAACAGAUGGAUGGUUCCAGCAUUACCUACUA